AUGUGUGAUAUUAGUCUUAUGGAUAAACCUUGGUUAAUCUUAGGUGAUUUUAAUACAAUUCUUUCUAUUGAUGAGAAAAAAGGAGGUACGAAUCCCAUUUCUGCUGAAAUGAGAUAUAUUCAAGAUUGUGUUGAUUAUUGUGGUUUGAUUCAAGCUCCCAAAAGCGGUCUGGAGUUCUCCUGGUGCAAUGGUAGGGCUGGAAUUGGUACUAGAGGGAUAUCUGACCAUAGUCCUAUUAUUGGUGCUGAUGUUGUCAUUCCUAGAGCUCUCAAUCCACCAUUUAGAUUUCAAAAAAUGUGGCUGACUUAUCCUGAUUUUAUGCAAGUGAUCUUAGAUUCAUGGAAUGAAGAAAUUUAUGGCAAUCCCAUUUAUGUGUUUAUGAAUAAGCUUAAAAGAUUUAAAAAAUUUCUAAGGGUGUGGAAUUGGGAGGUUUUUGGUGAUGUGAAGGAAAAUCUUAGAAAAGCUGAAGAAAAGGUGAUAGAGCAAACUUUGAAAUAUGAUAAUGACCCUACUGAUAUUAGUCAGCUAAAUAACCUUGUGACUGCUAGAGGGAAGUAUGAUAUGGCUGUCAAUAACUAUAAUACUUUCCUCAGGGAUAAUUCUAAGUUUUUCUAUACAAGUAUCAAGAUAAUACAAGCUCAGAACUCUAUAUAUGAAAUAGAAGACUCUACUGGUAAUCUUAUUACUGAUCAAAAUGGUAUCUCAAAUGUGUUGAUUGAUUAUUUUAGCCAGAAAUUUGCUCAUGAGGAUGUUCAUUGA